AUGGAAGAAACUACAUCCUCUUCCCCUAGGUUUGAGCACCAUUGUUAUAAAACCUGUCCUGAGAAGACCUACAGUGAAGAAUUGGAAUGCAAAGCAUGUGAUACUAACUGUGGCAACUGUGACCAGAAUGAGUGUUACUGGUGUGAAGAGGGCUUCUUUCUCUUGGGUGGCAGCUGUGUGAGGGAAUGUGGUCCUGGCUUCUAUGGAGACCAGGGAACGGGAGAAUGCGAGCCCUGCCACCCAUCCUGUGAAGCCUGCACCGGCGUUGGAGAUGACGAAUGCAGCAGGUGCGGGGAAGGACAGCAGCUGCGGCACGGCACGUGCGUCUGGCCCGCCAACAACCAGGUGGAAGGCAAGUUCUGGAACGAGAGGAAGACUGUGCAGAGAAAUGAGAGUGGCGUGAAACUGGAGCGGGUUUCCCAGGUCUCAGGUCGCUUGCAACCUGAGAGGGUUAGUGUGGAGCACGGCAACAGUGGCAGUGGCCAAGCCAAUUCACUGUCACUACUUUAUGUUGACAUCUUUGUGUAUAGAGGUGCCUAUCUGUUGGAGCAUGCCUGUGUUUCCUCCUGUCCCGAAGGCACUUGGCCCUCAGUCAAGAGUGGCAGCUGUGAGAACUGUACAGAGGAUUGUGCCUCUUGCUCCGGAGCUGAUCUCUGCAAAAAGUGCCAGUCUCAGCCAGAACGCCCUCUCUUCCUCUACCAAGGCAGGUGCUACUCCAGCUGCCCAGAGGGCUUUUAUGCAGAAGACAGCAUAUGUGAGCGCUGCAGCUCUCCUUGCCAAACAUGUGUGGGAAAUGCCACCCACUGUCAUUCUUGUGAAGGAGGCCUUGUCCUGGACCAGGGAGUAUGCCUGAAAGCCUGUCCUGAGAGGCACGUGGCUGUGGAAGGAGUGUGCAAGCCCUGCCCAGAGAUGUGUCAGGAGUGCAUCCAUGAGAAAACAUGCAAAGAGUGCAUGCCUGGCUUCUUCCUGCACAAGGACAUGUGCCAUCAGUCCUGUCCCCAGCACUUCUACCAGGACUUGCACCAGUGUAUCCCCUGCCAUGAAGAUUGUCUGGAGUGCAGUGGCCCCAAGGAGGAUGAUUGUGAGCUCUGUGCUGACAGAUUUACAGUCCUCUACAAUGGGCUGUGUUUGAAUGAGUGUCCAUCAGGAACUUACUAUGAAGAAAAGACUAAGGAUUGCAGAGAUUGCCAUGAGUCCUGCCACUCCUGCUCGUCUUACAGCGUCUGCACAAGCUGCCAGGAAGGCCUGAGGUUGAACAGCCAUGGGGCCUGUGUGGCUCACAAGGAAUGUGCCCCCAUCGAGUACUGGGAUGAGACAGCGCACAGGUGCAAGCCCUGUCACCAUAAAUGCUUCCACUGCACAGGACCCGCAGAGGACCAGUGUCGCACCUGCAGGGGGGACAACCUUCUUCUCAGUUUCCUGGAUGCCAUGAUUAGACUAAAUACAAGCCCGGAGGAGCUACACUUAAAGAAGGAGUUGGAGUGGCGAGAAGAAAGAGACAAAGAGAAAGACAAAGAGAAGAUUAGAAAGUACACCACCUGUGUGCAAGACUGCCCAGAGGGCUACUACGCCAGGGACAGCCACCUGUGCGCGUCCUGCCACAUCUCUUGUAGGACCUGUGAUGGGAGUCACAGCACACAGUGCCGCUCCUGCCGACCCGGUUGGUUCCAGCUGGAAAAUGAGUGCCUGCUCCAAUGCAGAGAGGGAUAUUAUGCAGAAAUCUCCACUGGCCAGUGUAAGAGGUGCCACAAGAGCUGCAAGGCAUGCCGGGGUCCACAGCCCACAGACUGCCUGUCUUGCGAUACCUACUUUUUUCUGCUCGCCUCCAAGGGAGAGUGUUAUCGAACCUGCCCAGAGCAUUACUAUGCAGAAGAAAACACCUGGACCUGUGAGAGAUGUCAUCCGACUUGCAAAAAAUGCAAAGGAAAAGGAGGAUCAGAUUGCUUGUCCUGUGUGUGGAACUACCACCUCAUGGGUGGAAUCUGCAACUCCGACUGUCUUGUGGGAAAAUACAGAGUGGGAGAGGGAGAGAAAUUCAACUGUGAAAAAUGCCACGAGAGCUGUAUGGAAUGCAAGGGCCCCGGCACCAAGAACUGCACCAUGUGCCCCGCGUCCCUGCUGCUGCACAUGGACGACGGCCGCUGUCUCCACUGUUGUAACACCUCCAGCCCCUCCAACACCCAGGAGUGCUGUGACUGCCAGGAAAGCAUGGAUGAGUGCAUCCUUCGAAGAAGUGAGCCUGGGUCUGCCGCUGAGCGCUCCAAGACUGCUCUUUUGAUCACCUCCUCCGUCAUGCUGCUGCUUCUGCUGGGGGCCGCUGUGUUCGUCUGGAGGAAGUCUCGGGGCCGAGUCCAGCCAGUACAAAAGGCCGGUUAUGAAAAGCUGGCUGACCCUGCCAGGUCAUACUCCUCCUAUAAGAGCAGCUAUGGCGAGGGCACCAGCUUUGAAGAGGACCAGAUGAUCGAGUAUAGGGACCAGGACUAUGAUGAGGAUGACAAUGAUGACAUCGUCUACAUGAGCCAAGAUGGCACAGUCUACCGAAAAUUUAAGUAUGGACUGCUGGAGGAUGAGGAGGAAGAUGAGCUGGAAUACGAUGACGAGAGCUAUUCCUUCCAGUAGACACAGCCCACCUCCACCCCUUCCUCUCGUGGGCAUACCUGUGAGCAUGACUGUUUUGGUUUUAUCCACACACCAGGCUGAGGUGUGAGUGUGUUUGUCUUCUUAACCACGAAUCCAACCAGAAUAUGUAAGAAUGCUGAAAUAUUUUGUGCUUGUUUUGAGUGACUAAAUUCAAUUAACAGUUCCUGCUCAACCAUCAUUGAGGAGCAAGGAUCAAAUUUAAAGGCAUUUUCCUCAAAAUGAAAUGUGAAGACACCAAAGCAGGAAGUAAAAUUAACUCUUUUAUGUGAUUUUAAAAAAUAGGGAGGGAGCAGAAGACCAGUAGGGAUUUGGUUUCCAAGUUGCAUUGUGGGGAGCUCUGCUACUUUUUAGAAUUCUGAUAUUUCUUGAAAUAACUUGCGGGGGGGUAGGGGGGAAGAGUUGGCUUAACAGGGAUUUCUUUCCCCUUCUGGCUGUGUUUAGGCAGAGAUUUCUUUUGUGAGAAUCAAGGGAAAAAAGUGUUCUUAUCUGUUGUUCCCAGAGUGUCCCCUGGUGAGCAGAAAAGAGCAUCCCGGCUGAGGUGGCUCAGGACCCACUUAGAAAUGAGGAAAGAGGAGAAGCAUCAUAGCAGAGGAACCACGAGUUUGCUGGGCCCUGGUUCAUCCAAGGGUAUACAGAGCCAUAAUGAUCCUGAGGGCAGAAUGGCUCAGGCAGGAGGCAGAUGAGAGCAAGCCCAGUGUGAAAAAAAAUCACCAAGAUUCUAAGAACCACACCCCGUGAUUCUCCAAGAAGUUUUCUAGUAGGAAAUCAUGAAAGAAAAAUGGCAAUGUGAACCUAACAUAAAAUGAAAAAAAAAAUAUAUCCAUUCUAAGAAAAAGACUAGCUAUCAAAUCAGAGGAGCUUCCAUCCACAAACCCAUCAAAGAAAUGCAGGCUCUCCAUAGAGAAAGCUGGAAUGGAGUCUAACAGGAGGGGAUAAUCCCAAUGUGCUGCUCUGCUUGCAAGCUGUAAUCCAGCUGUCAAACAGCCUCCCAACAUGUUAGCACUGUGGCUCUGUUUCUAGACUUCCUAAGCUUCCCUUUUUCUCCUUCUCCUGUCAAGUGUGCUCUUAGAUACAAAUGAGGACAAUUUUUCUGCAGAUAGUAGUUCAGAGAGAGGGACUCUGGCUACUCCAAAGUAUACCAGCAGAAUCUUGUGGAUUUCCUUGUCAAAGAAGUUACAGGCACUCUUAGGAGUGGGACAACAAAGAGUGAAAGUGACAUUUUCAGAUGAUGGCAAUAGUCAAAAUAUACUGCACACCUAUUGUAUACCAGGUAUCAAGCUAAGUAAUUCCUCGAAAGAAAGAAAGAAAGAAGGAAGGAAGGAAGGAAGGAAGGAAGGAAGGAAGGAAGGAAGGAAGGAAGGAAGGAAGGAAGGAAAAAAAGAGAAGAAAUCACCACACUUACCCACUUGACAUCACAAGUCUAUCAGGUUGGAGUCGUCAUUGCCCUACCUUUGGCUUACAAAAGGCUAAGUCACAGGACUGGGCAUAGUGACACAUGCCUAUAAUCCCAGGGAGGCUCAGGAAAGAAGAUUAAGUUCAAGGCCACCCUGGGCAACUUAGUGACACCCUGUCUCAAAAUAAAAAUUAUUUUUAAAAAAGGACUAGCUCAGUGGUAAAGCAUCUGGGGUUCAGUCCUCAGUACCAAAAAAGAGGCUAAAUCACUAGUUUAAGGUCACAGAAAGCUCACCAAACUCCAAACAAUAAGUGUGACCCUAAAGUGCAUGUUUCUAACAAAUAUGCUCCACUAACAUAAGAUGGGAAAAUAAGCAUGACUAUAAAUAAACAUGUCUAUUAUUGUAUUCUAUGACAUCGAUAUCCUUCUAGGAAGUGUGUGAUUUUUCAUUCACUAAGUUCAUAUAUUUUUUAAACAAUGUGACAUGGACAUGGGAAAUCUUGAUAAAGAAGACUUCCAUUUACUGAAGCCUUGUGUUUCUUCAGAGGAAAGUUCUUAGGGUUAGUAAGCUUUCUCUGGAAAGAGCCAGAUUUUUGUUACUACUUCAGGCCUUGUGAACUAAAAGAUCUCUACUAUAACUAUUCGGCUCUGCCAUGGUAGUGUGAAAGCAGCCCCUACCCUAUGAAUGGGAAGACUGUGUUCCAAUAAAGCUUUAUUCGUGGACACUGAAAUUUGAAUUUCAGAUAAGUGUCAUACAUCAUGAAAUAUUAUUCUUCUUUUGAUUUUUCUUAACCAUUUAGAAAUGUAAAAAUUAUUCUUAGCUCACAGAAGUACAAAAACAGGUGGUGGGUCAGAUUUGGCUAUGGUUUGUGACCUUGUCUUUAAAAAAUUCUUCAGAGCCAGGUGCAGGUCCAGAACUGUGAUUCCAAUAAGGCUACACUUCCUUGGGAGGCUGAGGUAGGAUAUCGCAAGUUCAAAGCCAGCCUCAGCAACUCAGCAAGGCCCUAAGCAACUUAGCAAGACCCUGUCUCGAAAUUAAAAG